AAGCAGAGAAGUAUUGGACUCUGGAAACGCAACAAAAAUGAUGGCGUUGGUGGUUGUCUUAGCAACUUUGCUUGGAGUCUCACUUGCAGAGACUGCCCCGAAGCUGGCCGACCCUCGCUUGUGUGGAGAUGGCAACUGGUUGUAUUUUGAAAACAACUGUUAUACCCUGCUGACUGGGUCAUACACUUGGAAUCAAUUCUGGGCGGUCUGCACACAGGAGUACAAUGCAGUGGGUGCUACCAUAUUCAGUGCCACUGAGAAUCAGUUUGUCUGGGCAAUGUUUGGAGGUCAGAACAGAGACCGCAAUGCUUGGCUUGGUGGCAACAGAAUAGGCAGGGAACAUCCUGACUUUAGAUGGCAGGAUGGAACUGGUAUGAGUUACACUAACUGGGCACCAGGUGAGCCAAACAAUGGAGGGAUUGGAGGCCCUGAACAGGAAUGUAUGAUAAUACGGGAAGAUGAUGGGAAAUGGGAUGAUAUUGAAUGUGACCUUGAAAAAAUUGGAAUUUGCAAAAAAGCUGCCAAUGUGCCACUUGUUGAGUGAUAUGGCAGGUACCAUAUGGAGGGUUGCUAGCAAAGAGGAAUAAAAACAACAUAUCAAAUACAACAUCCCGAUGUAAAUGAUUAAACAUAAUUUUAAAUUGUUUCAGAUGACAUGAAUAAAAAUAAAAUGAAUGAGUUUUCUCAUUUUCUGUGUUUGAAUAUUAAAAUGUAC